UCGCCCGCAGCGAGCCAGGCACACAGCACAGCAACGGACGACAGGUUACCGGAGCACACAUAGACCGAGGAUAAGCGAUCGUUCAAGUCCGUGGAAGAGAUGGACGAGGAUGAGCUCAUCGUGCCGCAGUCGGUGGAGACUGGGGACACGGUCAAGAUGAAGCAGAUCAUGGAUGAUGCCGUCAUCAAGGCCGUGCUGGAGAUGGGGUACGAGGAGGACCACACCCUUAACAACGCCAAGCUGGCCGUGAUGGCCCUGGCGUGCGUCUUCGCAGUCACGGCGCAGUUCUGGCCGCAGCCCUUUCCGGAGAGCCGAGCCCUCCUCGCAGUCUGCUGCGUCAGCUACUUCGCCUGCAGCUUUUGUCUGCACUUGAUCGUCACCUACUGGGAGAAGGACCUCAUUCUCGCCACCGCAAGAAGCUCAAGCCGAUCUAUGGGGAAGGGGAUUUUUGUGCGGACAGACUUUCCUCGGUUCGACGAGAUGUUCACCGUGUCCGCGGAGGAGAGGAAGCCGGGAUCCAAGCCAAUCGAAGAGCAAUGGAACGUGGGGAAAUACUUUGAUUACGAGGGUAACUUUGACGAGUGGGGGAUGGGGGAUGCAGUGAAGAAGCUGGUGACCAGGCUGGAGAAGCGCGCAAGAGACAGGAAGAAGAAGGAGAAAAAAGAAAAGAGCGAGUCCAAGAAGUCCAAGUAGUAGAAUAGCAUCCGGUCGUGAUCUCGGAGUUUGCGGUGGUUUAAGUAGUCGUGAUGUAAACUCAUGGCGGGUAAGGAGGGCAUCAUUUUUUUUUUUUAUUGUAGAGCUACCUGUCACAGAUUGCGGCCGUGGGUAUGCACGAGGAUUGCACAAAUCAUGGGGGUGGUUCGUUUGUGUUGUUGCCCUUCUUGACCUCCGGCAUACAGCAGUCGUGCUCACGUUCAAGGAUACGGCGUCCGCUAAAUGCAAAUACGGCUUCUAGUUUUAAGCGCAUUUCCCCGCUUCUAACGACACUUUUUUGUGAAGAGAAAGUCACGAAUUCUUAAACGCGGGGGCGGCUGUAUCUGGACACUUUCUUGUGUGGGAAACAUGGCAAGAGACAGAAAGCGAAGAGAUACCCUCCUUACCCGGGCAUUUUUGUUUUCGUUCGUUGGGUGUACAAGACAGCAAACACGCGCUACUGCUGCAGUAGUUCUUGGUGUUCGCCCACGCUUGGAAUUGGGAAAUGAUCGAAGAGUCACGAUGCUGAGGUUAACUGUAGUAGGUGGGAUGUGGCCUGUUCGUUGCCCGCCCGCCGUGUCUCGGCUGCAACAACGCUUGAUGCACUCCACCUCCUUCCUGUUAUAUCUAUCUACGUCUGGAAUAGCGCUUCUAUUCGACUCUUUGAGCGUGCGUUCGUGCGGAGAGGCCUGAACAGUUUUCCUGAAGAGUUUCGCAAGCAAGCGUGUGCGUGUUGGGUGUGACUGUGAGACGCAUCGUCCUCGCCAUAUGUGCACCCGCCCUGCCUCUGGUAGAUGUAGGUAGCAGCUGGCUGCUUUUAGCGACUCGCGUCAGUGUUACCGUGAACGACGAUUGAUUGUGCACC